AUGUAUGGGGUGAGGGCAGAUCCAACUAAGCUACAAGCUAUGAGUGAUUGGUCAGUUCCUACUUCUAUUAAGUCCUUGAGGGGUUUUCUUGGACUAACUAGCUAUUAUAGAAAGUUUAUUAGAGAGUAUGGGGAUAUUGCUUCUCCCCUUACUGCUCUACUUCAGAAGAACAACUUUGUGUGGAGAAUAAUCACCAAGCUUGAAUAUAUACUAUAUAGAGAGGAUGAAAUUCAACCAUAUGCGAGGGAGUUAGAUGCCAUCAAGACUGCUUUCAAGAGCAAGGAGAAGAUGGUGGAAGAUAUGAAGAAACAGCUUGGGUUUCUGCAGAACUCUAUAGUCGAAGCACAUAAGCAGAAGAGUUUCUGGACUCUGGUCUCUUCUGCAACUACAAUUUUUGUUGCAGCAUUUGUUGCUUAUGUUGCUAGAGGACGUUGA